AUGUCAUCUCGUGUCAUAAGCUCGUUGAUGGCGGAGAGUUUCCUUCUCUCAAAGACCGUUAAGUACAUUUCCGGUUAUUCGCCAGUCACUGUCUUCCUAGCUGCUGCCAUUCUCAUUGGUGUGUUGAUCUACAACAAACGUCGUUCCCGCUUGGUGCGUUUGAUCGAAAAGAUACCUGGACCGAAAGCAAUGCCCAUACUGGGCAAUGCGGUCGAGAUGAGUGUCGAUCACGAUGAACUAUUUGCUAGAGUUAUGGGGUCGCAGAAAUUAUGGGGAUCACGUGUUGGAAUUAAUAAAGUUUGGCAAGGACCAACACCAUAUGUUAUGUUAUUCGAUCCUGAGACUGUUGAACCCAUUCUAAACAGUCAAAAAUUUACUGACAAAAGUGGUGAUUACGACUACUUGCAACCCUGGUUGGGUACUGGACUUUUGACAAGUUUUGGUCGUAAAUGGCACUCCAGAAGAAAGAUUUUGACACCUGCUUUCCACUUCAAAAUCCUGGAUGACUUCAUCGAUGUUUUCAAUGAGCAAAGUGCGAUAUUGUCCGGCAAACUCGAACGUGAAUUAUGCAGCGAAUCUUUCAAUUUGUUCCCAUACGUUACAUUGUGCACCUUGGAUAUUGUCUGUGAAACUGCCAUGGGUCGCAGCAUUUAUGCCCAAAGUAACAGUGAAUCCGAUUACGUUAAGGCUGUUUAUGGAAUUGGCGAGGUUGUUCAAAGUCGCCAGUCCAAAUUGUGGCUUCACCCUGAUUUUAUAUUCCGAAUGACAGAAGACUCCAAACGCCACACCAGCUACAUCAACACCCUGCACGGAUUCUCCAACAGAGUGAUUCGCGAACGCAAAGCCGAACUGCGUGAAAAUCUUAUGAACAACAACAAUUUGGAGAGUGUGGCUGAUGCCUAUGAUGAUCUGGGCAAAAAGAAGCGUUUGGCCUUUUUGGAUCUAUUGAUAGAAUACUCAAACGAGGGUGCUAGAUUGUCGAAUUCUGAUAUUCGUGAGGAAGUCGAUACCUUCAUGUUUGAGGGACACGAUACAACUUCAGCUGCCAUCUCUUGGACUUUGUUCCUAUUGGGAUCUCAUCCAGAAUAUCAGCAACGCGUGGUUGAUGAACUGGAAUCGAUUUUCGGCGAUGAUCGUGAGACCCCAGCCACCAUGAAAAAUCUCAUGGAUAUGCGUUACUUGGAAUGCUGCAUUAAGGACGCCUUGCGCUUGUUCCCCUCCGUGCCAAUGAUGGGUCGUUCAAUCAACGAAGAUGUGCAAAUUGCUAAUUACACCAUCCCAGCUGGUACCACCGCCAUCAUCAUGACCUAUAUGUUGCAUCGCAAUCCCCGUAUCUUUCCCAAACCCGAACAAUUCAAUCCUGACAACUUUUUACCCGAGAACUGUGCGGGUCGCCACCCCUUCGCCUAUAUUCCCUUCAGUGCAGGUCCCCGCAAUUGCAUUGGUCAGAAAUUCGCCAUUUUGGAAGAGAAAGCCGUCAUAUCCACAGUAUUGCGCAAAUACAAAAUCGAAGCUGUUGACCGCCGCGAAGAUCUGACACUCUUGGGUGAAUUAAUUUUGCGGCCCAAAGAUGGUCUUCGUGUUAAGAUCUCCAAACGUGUCUGAACGUUGAAAGACAAACCGUAGACAAAAGUUGAAAUUAUCUUGCCACAUCCAUUUUAUUAACUUCUAAGGAGACGAGACAGUAGUUUAAGAUAGCUGUAGCGAUUAUUAUGUAGUUGUAGUAUUACAUGUAUAUA